CCAAGUUCCAGUUGUUUGUGUGUGAGUGAAGUGAAGUGUUGGUUGAGUGAAUAUUUAUAACAUAACCCCAAAGGACCAUCCAGCCCGGAAAAUCACCCCAGAAAAGAAAAUAUAAUUAUAACUUUUACAGAAACAAAAUUAAUCUUUUCAAUAUUACCGGUUGAACUUGUCUUCUCUGGUGUAAUGUGAACAAGAAGUUGUAAUAUCCAGUGGAAGGCCUAUUUAACAAACAUUUGCAAUGAUGAACAACUUUUUAAUUUCCUUGAGAUUGUGUGCAAGAAAAAAGCCUCACUCUAACUUAUCCAUCAGGGGAUUAUCUUCACAUAGUGAUUCUACAAUUAUAGAAGUUAAUAAUGAGAUCAAUACUGAAUCAACACCGGUAGCACCAUCACCAGAAAGAAGCCCAAUCAUAUUUUCAAGACAACUUCAAUACUUACCAAAGGCAGUCAAACCAAGAUCGGCAUGGGUUGAAAAUAUAGACACCUUAGAAGAACAGAAAAUUGGUCUGGUCGAUUUACAUCCAGAAGUCUGGGGCAUGAUGCCUCGAAUCGAUAUUAUAGCACAAAAUGUUCACUGGCAGAAAGAAUAUAGAUUUGUGGACUACAAUUGGGCACCAACUAGAGAGGAGAGACCGGGUGGUGGACGCAAGCCAUGGCCUCAGAAGGGCCUAGGUCGCGCUCGUCACGGCAGCAUACGAUCCCCACUGUUUCUGAAGGGAGGGGAGGCCCACGGUCCUCGUGGUCCGACCUCUCACUUUUACAUGCUUCCAUACUUCAGCAGAGUCAUGGGCCUCACAUCCACACUCUCAAUCAAGCUGAGUCAGGAUGAUCUACACAUUGUGGACUCCCUGGAGAUACCAACUGAUGAACCUCGAUACCUUGAAGACCUCAUCAGCACUCGUGGUUGGGGAAUAUCUGUCCUCUUUGUUGAUGUGCCAGAUCUGAUGCCCAAAAAUAUUUCUUUGGCGUGUGAAGGAUUCAAGCACAUGAAUCUAAUGCCCGCAUAUGGCUUGAACGUGUACAGUAUGCUGAAACAUGAGACACUAGUUCUGACGACAGCAGCCGUCGACCACAUCGAGGAAAAACUCCUGUUCGCUCUUCACCGGGCGGAUUACAAGGAUAAAAUGAAGAAAUUCAAGAUAAAUCAAGUGUAAAGUUAUCUUGUAAAUAAUUAGCGUUAGUUU